GAGAGGCUCGUUUCGUCGCGGCGCACACUCGGGCGCAGUUUCGCCCCGACUGUAAGCGAGAGCGGCUGACGCGAGCGACAUAGCGAGCGGGAGAGAGAGAGAAAGAGCAAAAUUUUUGCAGCGCGCAAACGGUAGCAGCAGCUAAGUUGGUCUGUAUCAGAAUAUAUACACGGAACAGAGAUAUACACAACAAACGUACGUCACACACGGUUUUCCCCCCCCGCGUGCGAGUGCUUGCGACUACGAAGACGAAAAAAGCACACAGAGAGAGAGACAGCUUGACUCGGCAGUUUAGUUGUAUACAGAGAUAGAACUUUGAGCUUGGGGAACACAGCACACGCCCAGCAACAGCUGAUUGUCAUUGCAGCGUCCGGAAGCAAAAAAAAAAGAAUAAGAACAUCAUCGCCGCCCUCAAGAGCUGUCCAGGUCGACUCGAACAAGUGCAGCAUAACAAUAAUACGAAAAUUCUCCUCGUCGUGCUGCAAUUGUCGUCCGGCAGUUCUUUGCACAUGCAAAAGUAGCAGCAGCUCGAGCUGUAUCGAGGCCCCCCUCCUCGUGCGCGCACCCCUCCGACACCACAGUGUCAAGGCAUUGCUCCACGACAGAGAGAGAGAGAGAACCGCUAUACAUGCGAUAUGCAGCCAGAAAGUAUAAGUGAACCAGAAGCGAUGGCAAUAGAGCAGCAGCAGCCGCAGCCGAGCAGACCGACGCACCAACAGCAGCGAGUCUGAUCUCUCUCGACUCUCAAGUUCUCGCCGUCGUCUCUGCUGCAAAUUUUUCUGGACACACUACUCUACUGCUCUACUCUGCACUCUAUCGUCGGCUCUCAGUUGGGGAUAUUUUUGGAUAUAACACGCACACGAGAUACGAGAGAGGCGAAAUGAAGAGACCUCGGCAGUGUCCUCGGCUUGCAUGUUGAAGAGUGAGCGACGACAGACGACGUCGUGCCUGUUGCGCAAGAGCAAGAAACUUCGACUCCGCGAGUAUCCACCCAACUCGGUCCUUAUGGUAGGUGAGGGUCGACCGAGCGGCGAUUCACCCGGCGAGAUUCAAGGGCUGAAGGGCUGGCCCCGACGCUGGAGUCAGUCGUCCACCAGCAAUACGUACAUUUAGAAGACGAGCACUUGGCAAAGCUUGCGCGCAGCUUCCCUUCCCCCCCUCUUCUGGAAAUUAAUACCGCGUGUAUAGGAGGAAGUCGGAGCUGAGUCAUGGCUGACAGAAAUCGGAACUUUUUGCGCGACAGCGUGACCGAACGCCAGGCUCUGAACAAAGCCGCCUCGAACAAUAAUAACCUGCAGUCGGCGGCGAGUAGCGAGCAGCAGCAGCAGCAAUCGGUGCAGUCGCCACCUAAGAAGAAGGAGGGCAUCUACGCCAAAAAGGACAACAGUAACUACCAGAGAUUCGUAGAUUACUCCAAGGACACGGCUUACGCCGAUUACGAUGAGUCCGCCGUCCCCGUUGGGGUCGAGAAAAAGGGCCCGGCGCCCUUGGUCGGCUGGCAGAACGGCAGCCCGACCGUAUUACCCAGCUCGCCGGAGGACAACAACAGACCACAGCAGCAAGUACAGCAACAGCAAGCGAAGAAACUAAUGGAGACGCCGUCGGAGAGCUCGGGCAUCGGCAGGGACGACGAGGACGAGGAGGACGACGACAACACGGAGAACUUGAGCAGUAUCGCGGACGAGCGCGCGGUGCCCUCGACCCCUGGCCUCACCAUCGACAAGAGCCUCGAGUCCUUCUCCCAGGACGCGGAUCUGUCGCUGACGACCUCGAGCCCGGGCUCCGAGCAGGAGUUCGAGCUCAAUAAGAGGCGACGCUCGUCCAUCAGCGAAGAAACUUUGACCAGCCCGACGACGACCAAUCGGAACGUCAAUCGUAAAUUAGACUUGAAUUUGGACAAUAGGCCGGUGCAGCAAAGCUCACCGCAGCAGGGCAUACUGCUGAAGCGCCAGUACUCCGAGUCCGCGGACUCGAGGGCCGCCACCGACCUGGAGAGGCUGGAGAAGAGCCGACUGGCGAGUUUCGAGAAGGACUCGAUCGACGGCUCCAGCACCAUGCUCGAGGUCUACGACGAAGAGGAGGACGACGAGGUGUCGAGAGCCGACGGCGGCAAGGGUGGCAAGAAGAAGAAGCCCCGUAUCCCCGACGGCGGCUGGGGCUGGAUCGUCGUGCUCUCCUCCCUCGUCAUCUCCAUGAUCGCCGACGGCGUCUCCUUCAGCUUCGGCCUGCUCUACAUCGAAUUUUUACACGAGUUCGAGGCGAGCAAGUCCACCACGGCGUGGAUCGGCUCGCUCUUCAUGGCCGUGCCCCUUUUAUCCGGCCCGGUGAUGUCGGCCCUCGUCGAUCGCUACGGCUGUCGUCGCAUGACCAUCUGCGGGGGCCUCAUCGCCGGCACCGGCUUCGUCCUGAGCUCGUACGCGCGCUCCAUCGUCGUCAUGUACAUGACCUUCGGCGUGAUCGCGGGCCUGGGUCUGGGACUGUGCUACGUCACCGCGGUCGUGAGCAUCGCCUUCUGGUUCGACAAGAAGCGCACCCUGGCCGUGGGCUUGGGUGCUUGCGGCACUGGUAUCGGUACAUUCGUUUACGCCCCCAUGACCACGUUCUUCAUCGAGGAGUACGGCUGGCGCGGCUGCGUGCUCCUCCUCGCGGGCACCUUCUUCAACAUGAUCGUCUGUGGCACGGUGAUGCGCGACCCCGAGUGGUGGGUGCAGGAGCAGAGGCAGCAGCACCAGCUGCAGUCGUCGCCGCGGAAGGGCCGAGACGGCGGCAGCGAGAUUGCCGAUCGCAGCCGGGCCAGUCCCUGCGAUCCCGCCGAGGACUUCCCCGGCGUGGACGAGCUGCGCCGGCUGAUGAAGAGCGGACAGGCGCCCGAGUAUCUGCUGCAGAACCUGAGGACGAGCACCGAGGCGAGGAUCACUGGUGGCGGCAAUCCGGCGGCCUUCAGGAGCGUCGUCAAUCUGCCGACUUUCGUGAAGCAGAGCGAGAAGGUGCCGAUGGAAGUUUUGGAGUCCUUGUCGUCCAACUCGCGCCUCUACAACGUCAUACUGGAGAACUAUCCGAGCCUGCUGCUCUGCCGGAGCUCGUCGGACAAGAAGCUGGACGGGCCCAACGUCGAGGACAACAAGAGCGGCGUCACCAUGUCCAUGAGGUUACAGCACUGGCUGAAAAAAGCAAGGGAUAAGACCAAGCAGCAGCAGCAGCAACAGCAACCACAGCAGCCACAGUCGCAGACACAGACACAGCCACAGACACCCACAACAGCAGUACCAGCAGCACCACCAACUGCGACUCAAUCGAGAGCCGGCUCGAUUCACGCGUCGUCCAAGGUCCUAGCCACGCGUAGAAUGUCAAGGAAAGACUUGGAAGAGAUGAAUCCUUUAUUGGCCAAGGAAGUCGCUCAAGCCAUCGCCGAGGCCGAGCGAGCCAAGUCGACGUCGAGGCAUCACGUACCCGGCUGCGGCAACGGCGUCGUGCGCACGGACUCUCUACCCUGGCUGCGACGUCAAUUCAGCACCAACACGCACUACUUCAAGGACAUCAGGGUGCACCGUAACUCGGUCAUGUAUCGCGGCGCCGUGCUCAAUCUGCACAAGUACCGGCUCAGGGCCAGCAGCUGUCCCAACAUCUAUCGCAACAGCAUGACGACCUUGGCCAUCGAGAACGAGGAGAAGUGGUACAGCGAACUGGUCGAUCUGCUCAAGGGCAUGAUGGACUUUUCGAUGUUCUCAGAGCUGCACUUCCUCCUGCUCUCGUUAUCGACAAUACUGCUCUUCACCUGGUUCAUCGUGCCUUAUUUCUACCUCGCCGAACACUUGACCAGGCAGGGCUAUCCCGAGUCCAAGGCCGCCAAUCUACUCAGCUACAUCGGCAUCACCAAUACCAUUGGCAUGAUCGGACUCGGCUGGGCAGGCGACCAGCCCUGGAUGAACGUCACCAAGACGUACACGUGCUGCCUGAUCGCCUGCGGCAUCUCCACCAUCCUCAUGCCGGUCUUCACCCACAAUCAUUACGCCCUGAUCGUCACCUCGUGCUGCUUCGGCCUGUUCUUCGCCAGCAACUUCAGCUUCACCCCGGUGAUCCUCGUGGAGAUCAUCCCCCUCGAGCGCUUCACCACGGCCUACGGCCUCAGUCUGCUCUGCCAGGGUAUCGGCAAUCUUCUGGGACCACCGCUGGCCGGCUGGAUCUUCGACAUGACCGGCAGGUGGGAUCUCAGCUUCGUCAUGGCCGGCGGCUGGAUCAUCGUCAGCGGCAUGCUCAUGAGCAUCAUACCCUACACGAAGAACCGCAAGAUCUGGGGCAGCGGCCCGGUCGAGUGCGAGAAGGAGCGACAGAGCUACACCUACAGCAGCGACAAUUGCGUCGCUUAAGCGCCUGGCGUAUACACUCAUCAUUAUUAUUAUCAUAUACCAGCUUUUCGCGGGAUCUUCAAGUUUUAAUUGCGAGUGGCAUUAUUUGUGCUGAUCUUUAUACCUGAACUCGAUGUACUUAAUAAAUGCGGGCGAUACUUAUUAUGCGCUGCUCGACCAUAACGAGCUCGCGAUCAAAUGUAUGGCAACUAUGUUUACCGUUUAUUUUUCUAUAUACGCGAGCGCGUGAGAAAAAUUCGUGAAGCAAUUUUUCGUUUCUCUCUCUCGAAUAAUAUUGUCGUAACGCGAAGAAGGUCGCGUGUUGAAACGCCCUUCAGCAAAAUGAACUAAUAAUAUUUUCAAGUCUUCCAAAACUACUGAAAAAAAGAAGUUCAUUGAAUUUGUACUUACUGCAAAAUGUAUACAAACUUUAAAGUAUAGCGGCAUUGUGACCUGGGAAUUUUUGAGACACUUGAAUUUAUUUGAACAAAAAAAAAAUGGAGAAAAAGAAAAUUGAACAAAAAAAAAUGAAGUACACAUUGAAAAUUGUAAUACCGGUGGAGUUUAUAAACCACCGCACUCGUAGACUAAACUUUUUUAUGUUAUUAUACAUUGUUUGUGUUCAUUAAUUUAUACACGAAAUUUGUUGUAUACGAUACAACUUGAAAAUUUAGUGUCGAAAUUCGACAAAAGAGGCGUUAAUUUUCUUGAAGAAAAAAGAAAUCAGUAUUUCGUAAUUAAUUAUCAAUUUUGCAAAGAGCGUAAAAGUGUAGCUUUACGUAUAAAGAUCAUUAUAUACUUGUAAAUAGCAAACUGACAAAUGAUUCGAACAAUAUGUAAAUCUUCUAAAAUAAAACAAAAAACAAACUAA